AUGUCUCAAUACGAUUACCCCAAAGUCAUUGCUGUCCUCGGUGCUACUGGCCGACAGGGCAGCGGAGUUGUGCAGAGCCUUCUGAGAAAGACACAGCCAGCUUUCUCUGUGCUUGCUCUCACACGUGACUUGGAUUCGGCAUCCGCCCAGCCCCUGAGGCUGGAGGCUCAGAACAAUGAGAGACUGCAACUGGAAACUGCAAAUGUUUUCGAUCCCGACACAUUGCAUAGAGCAUUUAAAGGUGUGCAUGGUGUUUUUGCCGUGACCAACUACCGGGCUCCGGGCCAGCAGGUUACGCAGGAGGAGGAUUUGCAGGACGAGCUCAUAGCUGGAAGAAACAUAAUAAAAGCAGCAAAGUCAUGGCAGGACUGUGGUGUGAAAUAUUUUCUUCUAAGUAGUCUGCCAAAUAUCGCGCAAGCCAGCAGGGGCCAAUUCACGAAGGUUUUCCAUUUCGACCAUAAAUCCCAGAUUGAAAGCUGGGCAAAGGAAGAGCUGCCUGCUACCACCAUCCUUCACCCAGGGUUGUUUUAUACCAACAUGUUUUGGCCGCAGUAUUGCAGGCGCAGCGGCGAUGGUAUUGUUGAAUUUUGUGCUCCUGUCCCGGCGGAAAAAUCUGCGGAUUGGGUAGAUCCCGCCUAUGAUAUAGGAGAGUUUGCGGCCGACCGUGAGCUGACGUCCUCCCAGAGAUUUUUGCUAGAGGGCCAGAGAUUACUGCGUCGAAGACCUACCCUGUUAUCGGGCCCCAAAAUCUCAUUUUCCGAAUUGGCAACAGUGUUUGAAGCUACCACAUCUCGGCCAGCUCGAUUUAAGCCUAGCACUCUCCACGAAUGGGGUGCUACUGUUUCUGCCUCGGCGGGGGCUGGAUUUGAAAGAGAUAUCAGGCAAAUGAUCGAGUGGAUCACUGUCGCUCCGGAUGACAAGAUUUGCUACGGUACCAUGGACCCAGAUGAAGACCAAUCAGAAAGCGAUCUCGGCGUGAGGGCCAGUACAUUUCAGGAAUGGCUGGAAAGAUCUGGGUGGACUGGCCCUGACGACGGAGUUAAAUAG